UGAACCUAGUGGAGACAGACUCAACACCAGGGGGUGUCCAGCUGGUCAACCCUUACAGGACCAACAAAGUAGAUUGCAUGGACUUGGUUCAGCUUGCACAAGAAAUCCAGAAGGCAGACAAAUUUGUUCAUGCCAAUGUGAGCAACAAGCUCCAAGUCAUAGCUGAACAAGUGAGAUUCCUUCAAGAUCAGGCCCGAAGAGUCCUGGAAGAAGCUAAAGAAAAUGCUGACCUUCACCAUGUGCCUUGCAACAUUGUCAAGAAACCAGGAACAAUCUACCACCUCUAUAGAAGGUCAUCAGGACAGAGAUACUUAUCACUGCUGAGCCCCCAGGAGUGGGGUAGCACCUGCCCCCAUGAGUUUUUGGGAAGUUACCGCCUUGAGCACGAUCAUUCUUGGACCCCAGAACACAAAAUGGAAGCCAGAUCAAAUGACCAGCAAAUGAUCAACAAGAUCCUGACCUGCUCUAAUACUUUAUCAAUAACCAUGGGAGAUAAAUGAAACUUUUCAGGACAUGUUUUUGAGAUUUUGUUACAUGCAUACUCGUGUUAUUUUAAUGUAAUGAAAUUCAAUUAUGUAUAGUGUUGGUAAACCUCUAGUAUUAUUUUCUAAUUUUUUUUUUUGUAUGUAAUUUCUGAUAACUUUUAAUCCUUCUUUAAAAGUUGCAACUGUAUGAGGUUUAUCAAAAUUAUGUGUAUAUUUUGCUGAAUCUUUUCUAUGUUUAAGUGUUUGAAAGGAAAGGAAGUUUUCCCCGAAUGAUAUGUAUCACACUGGUAAUAGUAAUUGUUGGAGCAUGUUGUGUAAAUCUUUGUAUAUAAUUAUCAACUGUAUGGGUAUGCAAGAGGUUAUUUACAUUUUCUUGCUCAAGACUUUUGUUUGAGAAAGUCAUAAUUUUACUGAUUUAUAAUGUUCCAAAAGGAAAUAGAGAAUUAUUUUUACAUAUUUUGUUAAUGUAUGAGCUCUUAAGUAAAAAGUAAAAGCAAAAUUGCUUACCUGAUCUUAUUUACUUUUUUUGUGGAAAGUAAAGGUUAUUUUUAUUGCUAUUAUCAGUUUUAAUUAUAAUAAUACUAAUAAUGAUUAUACUAAUACUGAUGAUAAUAGUAAUAUUGAGAAUGAUAACUAAUGAAAAAUUCGAACUUAUUAUUCCAAAAAGUUCGAGAUUAGGGUAAACACGAGAUCAGAUAUGCAGGUUCAGUAACUUGUAGAGUCCUCUUUUUAUUAACAAAAUUAAUGAAACAAAACUACAGUAGACAUUGCUUGUAACCAUAGCCAUUGGGUAAACCAAAUUUACUUUACUUAGUUGUGUUGUCACUUGUUCAUCAUAUAGCUGGUGAAAAGUGGUCUUGCAUGGCAUUCACCAAUAUGUUCUGUUUAUAUUGUUUUUGUGUGUGCCCUUGCUGAAAGCUAGUCUAAUUGUACUUUUGAAAAAGUGAAUACUAUACCAAUUUUAUAUAUUUAUGACUACCUGAUAUCUUGUGACAAUUUUGUAAAUUAUAUUUAAUAAAAAUAUCAGGUUAUAAAGCUAUUUCCCCCCCACAAAAUUCUUUUCAAGGUGUAUACAUAUACUCUGAAUAUGAGCUCAGAUGACAGGGUGAAGGUAUACAUGCACUCUACUCUGUGAGCCUUCAUUCAUCAAAAUUAUUCCUCUCAGCUUAAUCAUUGGAUCGUGGGAGGCAUGAAAUCAUGCAAUGGCUUUAAUUAAUAGACCCAUUUGUGGAUGGCACCACAUAUUGGCAAAUCCUGCUAUAUGGGCUCAUCAGAGGGAGCUCUUCAUCUGAUAUAACAUUAUUUGUUUAUGGAGGGAACCUUUAAUUUAUUAAACUAAAUGAAACUUUUGCUUACAAAAGACUGCCACAAGGUAUUAGGUCCCUAAAAAUGUGCCGUGUGCAAAUGGUGGAAACUGCCAACUUCCACCAACAACUCCACAUUACUGGCCACUAGCCAGUUUUUUUUAAUACUGCAGUUAAUGGGUUGAUAUUAUUAGAAUGGCAUAUGUUAUUACAGUGAUUACUAAUAUUAGUGCCUAAUGUCUGCUUAAAGGAUAAAUGUGCCUAAGUUUUGAUUAGUGUUUGGGAAUUAAAGCUUCUCCUGUGCCAUGUAUGAAGAUUAAUGGUUACAAAGCAAAAUAAAUGUGCUAGACUUCAAAGAUCAUUAGACAUAAGGUAUAAGGUGAAUAGAUCAAAGUUGUCAAAGGAAAAAGUGAGGGAUGGGGUGUGGGUAGAAAGGGUGUACGGGAACAUGAGUAGGAGGGGGAUCACUGAGUCUAGAGAGGAUGGGAAAUAAGAGUUUGGAGAGUGGAUGAGGUAUAGGCAUGUUAUUUUGGGUCAUAAUCAGAUAAUAUUGAAUGCCCUUGACAGUUUUUAGAAUGGUUGGGGAGGUCUGAGAAAUGUGGGGGAGAAGAGGGGACAUAGUUUUGAGGGGCAGAGGAAGAUGUAGGUGUAGGAGAUGAUGAAGUGGAACAUUUAGCUGUGGUGAGUAGAGUGAGGAGGAGGAGGGGUCAGCACUAGGGAAGUAGAGAUUGGAGUGUCUGAGUUUAGAAUGGCAGAAGAGUUUGACUGGGAGAGGGAGUGGGUAGAAGUGGGAAUGUUUGAAGUAGGAAGAGGAGAUACUGGGGAAGAUGUAGAAACAUCUUGGAAAAAAGGGGAAGUUCAGAGCAAAGGCAGCAGUAUUUCAAAGAUUUGUAGAAGUGGAAGUUGUAGGAUGAGGAUGGGAGGAAGAGGAAUGGUGUUGAGUGAGGUAGUACUAUGGGGAGGUGCACAAAAAAGUUUCAUAGUAGUAUUAAGGGAGGAAGGGGUUGAAAGGGGAGAAGAUUUUAGAAGAUGAGGAGAUGGAGUGAAGGAUGUUGGGACAGAGGAAGGUUUGGUAAAGGGGCAAGCCUUAACCUGUUGGAUCUGGGUGACGUGACCAUAAUGCCAUGAAAAAAUACGUGUCGCGGGGCUGGUCAUGGGAAAAAAAAUGGCUGUAAGCUGGUUGCAGGUUGCAUUAUUGAAAAUUGAAUAUUAUGUAAAAAUAAGAAAAAUUACACAAAUAACAUUGUU